CUCAAUAUUAUUAAAAUUUUUCUCGUUUCGCUUCCCACUUUGCUGAAAAAUCUUUCUUUCUUUCCAUCUUAAUCUCUGAGAGUGGUUGAAAAGCGUUGAAAAUGUGAUCUUCAUACUCCAUUUGACUUGAAAUCAAUCGUAUUGAAAGGGAUAAUAGCUCUUGAAUCUCUGAAAAAUGGGAUUCUCCUGUUUAAUUUUGCUUGAUAUAACUUGAAAGUAGAUCUUGCAGACGGAGGAAUGGCUUUUUAUGCUUAGAGGGAAGAUUUAGAGAGCCAGUCUCAUUGGCGGAGAAGCUUUGAAUUAUAGGAAGCAUCGUUUUCCAUAGGGCCCUUUGUUCCGGGAAAGGGCCCUUGGAGUAUACAGAGAGAGAGAGAGAGAGAAAUAGAGAUGAAGAAGUUAUUUGGGAGCCCUGGUACUAUGGGUGGAUUUCUACUGAGAAUAGGACAGUGUUUGUUUGCUGGUGGAUCGAUUUGGGCGAUGGCGUCUGCCUUAAAGUUUAACAACUACACAGCUUACUGUUAUUUAGUUGUUUCAAUGGGGCUUCAAGUACUGUGGAGCUUGGGACUUGCAUGUCUUGAUCUUUAUGCUUUGAGGAUGAAGAGAAACCUUCAGAAUCCUCUCUUACUGAGCCUGUUUGUGGUUGGUGACUGGGUGACAGCAACUCUAUCACUUGCAGCAGCUUGCUCAUCAGCGGGGGUAACGGUUCUGUAUGCAAGGGACUUGGAUUUCUGCAGGGUACAAGCUGAACUCCCCUGUAGCAGGUUUCAAAUCUCCAUAGCUCUGGCUUUUGUUACGUGGUUCCUUGUUGCCAUAUCUUAUGUUGUCAUGUUUUGGCUAGUGGCCUCUGUUUGACUGAACAGUAAUCUUUCUCAUUGUUUACAUUCUCAUACGCACACUGAAUAUAGUUUUCCGUGUAAAUUUUAUUAUUUCUGUAAA